UAUCAUUAUUAUUAUUUCUUUCAAAAGCUUCUGCAUCCACGAAUGGAAUGUAAUGUUGGACACGUAACUUCAGCUGCACAUAUAAUUGUAAGACGUAGCUUUUGAACACAGUUUGUUCACACCCCUCAGUUAAGGCACACCCAUUCAGCACGACAUGCCCAUCAAUGUUCUGAAACUCAGAUAUCUCCCAGUAUCAGUGACUGUUAGUCAUCUGAAGCUUCUACGAUGAAGAAGAUGGCUAUAUGUGCUGCCAUUCUGUGCGCCCUGUUGCCCCUCUUGACCUCAGGUCUUAGCAUCAACUCCAGCAGCUUGAAUGAAUGCAUAAAAGCCUUAAAUUUGCCCGCUCUGGAGGUUCUGCCAGGCAGAGGAUGGGACAACCUACGCAACGUGGACGCUGGUCGUGUGAUGAAAGUAGAUUAUACCUUGUGCCAAACAACAGAAGAUGGGAGAUACCUGCUGCCAGACCAAGUGGUCACUGCGCCACAGAAGUCCAACACCAUUGAGAUAAACUCUGAAAUUGUGGACAGCUGGCUAGACUACAAGAGUGAGACGGCAUAUUCCAUUAAUCAGGAUUCUUCAUGGUAUUUCCUCCUCAAUGGCAAAUUUUCCCUGGAGAUCCAGAAGAUGAAGCAGCAUCAGACAAAAGAAAAUACUGUCAUCAGUAGGAUAGAGAUGCGUAACAACAUGUACACUGUACAAAGCAAUCCCAGCUUCACCCUGGACCCUGUCUUCAAGAGUCGUGUGACUGAAAUUGCCACGGCGCUGCAGAACAAUGACACCCAAAUGGCCAACUUCCUGUCUGAGACCCUGGUGUUGGAUUACGGCACGCACGUGCUCACAUCUGUCGAUGCCGGUGCCAUUCUCGCACAGGAAGACUAUCUCAGAAGGUCCGCCAUGCAGGACAGCUCUGUGACUGCACAUGCCAGCAUCUUGUUCUAUAAAAAGAUGGGCAUUAGCCUGAAUUAUAAAUUAGAUAACUCAAAUAAAACCAGUCCCUUAGACUAUUACAUAGGCAACAUUACCUACUCCAUGAUGAUAAGCUAUGGUGGCACGCCCUUCUAUCCAGACAUGACCCUGAAGGAUUGGGAAACGAGCAUCACCGAUAACCUGGUGGCCAUCGAUCGCUUCGGCGUGCCGCUGCACCUUGUUCUCAGUCAGGACACCCUUCCUGACUUGCCAGAGCCCAUCAUCUUCACACUGAGGGACGUAGUAUCACAAGCUAUCCAGCUCUACUAUACAGUCAACACCAUUCCUGGCUGCACUGACCCUGGUUCCCAGCACUUCAACUACCAAGCUAAUGUUGAUGACCACUCCUGCACUGAUUCUACAAAGAACUUCAGCUUUGGUGGGGUGUUUCAGCAAUGUACACCUCUGACCGGAGACCCAAGGACUGUCAUGUGGUGCAAAAGUCUGACACAGAAGAACCCAAUAACAGGGAAUAUGAGUUGUGGUGCACUGUACAAUCAGACCUUGCUGAGAACGGAAGUAAAGGAGCAGAAUUCCAUUCAGUUUGACUGCCAGAAAAGUUGUUAUUCCUGCUGGCUGAUUUUCACAUGCUGUGAAGAUUUAUGCAGCAACACGUAUGCAGUAGAGAGUGUGAGGGUUGAAACUUACUGGUGUUCUGCCAGCAAUGUCAGUGAAGCAGAACCCUCUGGGGCUAUCUUUGGGGGUCUCUAUGGGCCAACUAUGGUGAACCCCUUGACCAACACCAGAAGCUGUCUCAGUGGCUCUCUUCCCGCUACACUGUUGUCCGAUGGGCUAAAGAUCUGUCUGGCCAAGACCUCCACGGGGGCUUUGCAACACUCUGUACAAUUUGGGGGUCUGUUCAGCUGUGAAGCAGGAAACACCAUGGCAGGUGGUAUUUAUCACUGUCCUCAAGGUUAUAUUCAAGAGUCAGCUGGAGUCAGCGACGGAUGUGAGAUUCUUUACUGCCUGUCGGGGAUCGAAACUAAGGAUGAGGUGCCAAUCCAACUGCCCCCCUACACCCAGAAGGUGGUGUUACAGGUUAUUACAACUUCUAAGAGUGUAUGGUGCAGGGGGUCUUUGAGAAAAGUUCUGGGAAUGGCAUUGGCAAUCACUCUGUCACUGCUCAUGAAGAUCUCAUAGAUGGGGUUGCCUUUGGGACUCACCAGUCAUCUUCCCACAUCUGUUGUUUGACUAUUCCAGCUUUCUUUUUCUUUCAGCUUUGUGAUCACAAAGCUGUCAAGUUCAUUUUCAGCAGUUUUGUCCAGGGGUCGCCUUUGUCACCCCAUAUUUAUCCAUCAUUUAAAGAACCAAUCAGCUGAGGGGGAUGAUGAAUUGUACAGUUAAAACAAUGUGAACAAAAUAUAUUGAAUAAAGAGGGGGUGCGGUGGCGCAGUGGGUU